UGUCAAUUGUUUAAAUUCCAUUCUUUUCAUAUUUUAUUGACAGUUCUUAGUUUACAAAAACAGAAUAAUUUUGGGAAUAUUUUUUCUAUUGAUGGUGAGUUUUAAAUAACUAAUAUGCCGUUAGCAAACUCGGGAGAGCCAUGGCAAAUUCAACGAGCAGAUACAGAGUCACAGUCAGGAGAUGUUGAUGAAGCAGUUGUAGCAGAAGAAUCGACGAGUGCUCAAAAUGAAGGUGAACAUGAGAUUGAACUCGGCGAGCUUGUUAGAAAUGGGCAUGAUAAAGCAGAUCCUUCCCAAUUUGAUCUCCUCAAGGUUUUAGGGGAGGGCUCAUUUGGGAAAGUCUUUUUGGUACGCAAAGUGGCUGGUACUGAUGCUGGUAUAAUGUAUGCUAUGAAGGUCCUUAAAAAAGCUACAUUAAAGGUUCGCGAUAGGCAUAGAACGAAAAUGGAACGUAAUAUCUUAGUUGAUGUUGAACACCCCUUUAUUGUCAAACUUCAUUAUGCUUUUCAAACUGCUGGCAAAUUGUAUCUCAUUCUAGAUUUUCUUAGGGGAGGUGAUUUGUUUUCUAGAUUGAGCAAAGAGGUUAUGUUUACCGAAGAAGAUGUUAAGUUUUAUUUAGCUGAGCUAGCACUAGCUUUGAAUCAUUUACACUUGGUUGGCAUUAUUUACAGAGAUUUGAAACCAGAAAAUAUUCUUUUGGAUGCUGAAGGUCAUAUAGCUCUUACAGAUUUUGGUCUGUCAAAAUUGCCAGUGAAUGAAGGCAAAACAUAUAGUUUUUGUGGCACUGUUGAAUAUAUGGCUCCCGAAGUAGUAAAUAGGAAAGGUCAUUCAUUUGCAGCUGACUGGUGGUCUUUUGGCGUUCUUAUGUAUGAAAUGUUAACUGGCGCAUUGCCCUUUCAAGGGUCAAAUAGAAAAGAAACAAUGACACAAAUUUUAAAAGCAAAAUUGGGCAUGCCUGGAAAUCUUAGCCCGGAAGCUCAAAGUCUGUUAAGAGCGUUGUUCAAAAGAAAUCCAUGUAACAGGUUAGGUGCGGGCGUGGGGGGCGUGGAAGAUAUAAAAAAUCAUGAAUUUUUCGCCACAAUUGACUUUGAUGCUCUUCUUGCCAAAAAAAUUCGACCACCAUUUCAACCUGCAGUCUGUGGUCCUGAAGAUGCUUACUUUGAUUCAGAAUACACUAGUAAAACUCCCAGAGAUUCUCCCGGCGUCCCUGCUAGCGCAAACGCGCAUGAAUUGUUCCGAGGAUUUAGUUUUGUUGCACCUUGUUUGUUGGAAAAUGGUACAGUACAGAAAAAAUCUAUGGAAACACCAAUGAAGUCUUUCAGGACGACAGAUCGAAGUUUUUCCGAUGAGUACAUUCUGAUGGAUAUCCUUGGUUCAGGAAGCUACAGCGUUUGUAAAUUAGCUAGACAUAAGUCGACCGGCCAACAAUAUGCAGUUAAGAUAAUAAAUAAAACUCUCUGUGAUUGUAGAGAAGAAGUAGAAAUUCUAUUAAGAUAUGGUCAGCAUCCCGGUAUAGUAACCUUAAAGACUUUCUUUGAGGAACCCACGAAAGUAUAUCUCGUGCUGCAACUGUUAAGGGGUGGCGAAUUGCUUGAUUAUUUAAUGAUGAAGGGCAAACUCUCGGAGCAAGAAUCGGCCGUUAUAUUGAAAACUAUAGCGUCGACGGUCGCGUAUUUGCACGAAAAUGGCGUCGUUCAUCGAGAUUUGAAACCCGCGAAUAUCCUAUUCGCUUCGGAAAAUCGCGCACCCGAUAGCGUUAAAAUCUGUGAUAUGGGAUUUGCCAAACAGUUACGUGCCGAAAACGGUUUACUGAUGACACCCUGUUAUACCGCGAAUUUUGUCGCCCCCGAAGUGUUAAAGCGGCAAGGGUACGACGCCGCUUGUGAUAUUUGGUCCUUAGGAGUGAUAUUGUAUAUAAUGCUUUCCGGGCAGUGUCCUUUCAGCACAGCCCCCAACGACAGCCUGCAACAAAUUUUGCAGAGGAUCAGUUCGGGGAAACUCGAUUUGCACGUUGAAAAUUGGGUGGGCAUAUCGGAGGACGCGAAAAGACUCGUCGCGGACAUGCUGCACAUAGCACCCCAGCGCAGACCCACGGCCGCACAGCUCAUUAAACACUCCUGGGUUAACGUGCAGUGCGCGAAGUAUUACGCGGAAGAAAGUUCGGCAAUUCUGUCGAGCUCGCAAAUGCCAGCGAAUCAGCAAGCAGCGACGACCGGGGGCGGUGACACGGGCGGGGCUUACUUGAGGGAAACUGUCGCUGCCACGUUCAGGGCGAUAGCGACAUCCCCGCAGGUGGCGCACCUGGGUCCUGUCGCGAUGUCCGAAUUGGCGAGGAGAAGGUUUAGGGAUAAGGCCGCGGCUCGAGCUCAAAAACCGUCGUAAUUAGUAGUCAAUUAUUCAUCGGCCUGCAGGUGCAAUGUCCCAAGAAUUGAUGUAUUUAUUAAAUUAAUUUAUUCCAAAACGGUAUAGUUGGAUACGAUUAUUCUUGCGAAAGUGGGAGACGAGGAAUGUGCCCGAAUCGUUUCGGUAUUUUAAGAACGAGUAUACCAAAACUAUUUUUCCAUAGUUUUUAGACGGACGCUUCGUUGUUCUCUGUUAUAGAAUGUUUGCCAGUAGUUUUCAUAUCGAGAAUUGAAUUCUUCAAAACUUACAUCAUUUUAUUUGUGUGCCAACGAUAAUAUUUAUAUACAUAUGUUUAUUUCCCUGGUCGAUAAUUUAACUGAGGAAUAUUAAAUAAAUAAAAAAAUUGUGACCUUUGUUGCGACCAAAUAUUUUUAUACAGGUUGUUUAUUUUUAUCCCUUGGAAUCUUCUGAGAAAUUGAAUGAAAAUAAGUGGCGCCAAUUUAAUAAUAUUUUAGCCUCAUGGAGGGCAAUUACGUUUUUUUUUUCAAGUUCUCACCUAUACUUCUCUGUGGAACUCCCUGCAUCCAUAACUUUGAGAUUUUUAAGCUUGUAAUUGUACAGAUUUCCACCCUGACCACCUUUUUUAAUUGAAUUCGAAAACACUGUUAUCGUUUUCCAGACGUGUAGCAGUACCUGCUCAAAAAAAUUACACCUAGCAUAUGUCAUCUCUCCCAAUUUCAAAUAGGGAAUUGAUUGUUGGCACGCAUGCGCAUAUACAAGUCAGCCUACUAGCAACAUAUUAAUAAAUGAUCACUUUAGCGUUUCCUGAAAGCCAGUUUAUAUUUUUAAUGAACCUUAGCCAUUGAUUGAUUGUUAGUGUCAUAAUAAUUUAAGUGUAAUUAAUAUGAAAUAGGCGAAAAGUACUGUGUUCAUUGUUAUAAUACUUUUAUAAUAUAUUAAGCUUCGAACCUUGUGAGGUUUGGUAAUUCUCAUUUACUGGGGCUUUCAUCAUUUCCGUGGUGGCCGUUUAUACCGCAACUAUAUGAAUGAAUAUUUUUUAAAAUUUUACUCUCCUAGUUCUCACUGUGCCAAUAUUGCAUACAAUCUGUCAAUCUAUAUUUGUAACGAUAUGCAGUCAUAUUUCUUUAGUGACUUGGUCAUUGUGUGCUCAUUUAGAAAUCGUUGGUACUUAACGUGGCAGUGUGUAGACUGAUAGCCUUUAUCGCGAGUAUUGACAAUCUUAACUCGAGAUGGUUGGUGUUUGUUGAGCUCUUGCCCUUAUGUCUAAAAUAUUAUAUCCACAAAGGCUAUAAACUUUUUUUUUUGGUUAGUUUUGGUUAUGCAACGAUUUCGGUGAAAUCUUGACAAUAAUUACUAUAUAUGAUACUCUGUGUCAUUACCAUGUUUUGAUUAUUGAUUUUUCUGCAUCAAUGACUAAAUAUUGUAUAGAUUUCAUUGAAAGCCUUGCAUAACAUUUAAAUGCAGAGUGAAACCGAUUUUCAAUUCAAAGUUAUUAAAAGUAAUUGCGUGCAUCGGGAUUUCUCAGUUAUAUAAAACACAUAGUUAUUAGUACACCUUGUGUGUAUCUCUGUCAUGUGCCUUACAGACCUAUCUCCCACUUUUCCCUUUUUCACUUAAGGCUAAUGUUAAUGUUCUAAAUGUACGCAUUGAAACUAUUUUUUUGUGAAUUUCCAUGUAUUUUGGUUAAUACCUAUAUGUUUACAUUAUUUUUGUAACACAUAUCAAAGUAAAGGUAUGUUUCGACCCUAAAAUUUUUAAUGAUAUUCUAGGAGUUAAAUAGAUACCUUCCUUAUAUAAUUGAGAAACCUUUAUGCCGGGCAAAACAAAUGUUUUCUACUACCAAUUUUAAAACUUAUAAAUGCUUGAAAUACAGCUAUUAUGUGUCUGUAAAUCUGUAUAUUGUUAAUUGCUACCCAAAAUCGUUAUAUCAUUCGGUACUAAAGAUGCAUAUCAUAGUAUAUGCUGGUGGUUAAAUUUGCUUCAAGUUAAUGGUUGAACAUUAAGUAAACAUUUAUAAUGCCCAAAUCAUAUACUUUAAAUCAACUGUUAUUAUUUUUAAAUUUGACGCAAUGCAUAAUGUAAUUGCAGCAUUAUUCUUUGCUGAUCAUUGGGUUUACUGUGGUAUCCAAAAAUUGUGGAAACGGGAUAUACUAUUAAUGAAGAAUGCAGUAGUGGAAUUAAAAAUUGAUGAAGGCGAAAAUGAGAAAAGAAUUAAAAAAUAUCAAGUAGCAUCUAUUUUGUGGCUUAAAUCCAAAUUUGCAAGUAAAACAAAUGAUUUUGUUGUUAUACCCUUUCCACACUUUUCAGCGUUCCAGUAUAUAUUAAUCCGCAGUCUUGUACAAUUAAUCCUUUUAAUUUUAACUGAGAAAUCAAAAUAUUCACAUUCACAUCCUUUAUGAGUUUUGGUUAGUUUUCUUUCCCCUUUUUGCUUAUUUAGCGUCACUUAAUGUUAUAUGAAGUGUUUGUUGUGUUAAAAAUUUGUGAAUACUAUAAUUUCUUUUACCAGGUUGUAAUAAAACACCAUAGU